AUGAGUGAAGGAACCGAAGUGAAAUCGUCGCCAUUCUAUCGAGAUCGUGAUGAUUGGGCGGACAUCACACCGAUUCUUCCGACACCCGAAGAGAACACUAUUGUGCGAAUUGAUGCUGGAGAAGCUUUUGUUGAUGCUUUCUCCUAUCUUCGUGCUGUUUUGCAAAAGAAGGAAAUCUCGGAGCGAUGUUUUCAACUCACCAAUGAUUGUAUUCAGUUGAAUGCUGCCAACUACACUGUCUGGCAAUAUCGCCGCGACUUAUUGAAGGCUCUCGGACACGAUUUGAAAGCUGAGCUGCGUUUCAUCGGUGAUAUCAUCAUGGAAAAUCCAAAGAAUUAUCAAGUUUGGCAUCACCGCCGCACACUUGUUGAGUGGAUCGGCAAUCCAGGUGAUGAGUUGGAUUUCACUGCUGCCGUGUUCGAUGAUGAGCCAAAGAACUAUCACGGGUGGCAACAUCGUCAAUGGGUCGUGCGUCAUUUCCAUUUGGUCGGCCAACGAGAGAUUGACUAUACAACAAAGCUGCUUCUCGAGGAUUCGUAUAACAAUUCUGCUUGGAACUAUCGUUAUUUCAUCCUACAGUUGUGGGAGAAGAUCGAUCACAAGGAGACACUUGAUAUUGAAAUCAAUUUCUGCAAACAGAUUGCGGGCAAGCUCACCCACAACGAGAGUGUUUGGAACUAUUUGGCCGGGCUUUUGAUCUCUGGUGGACUUAUUUCACGGCCAGAUGUCAUUGAAUGGGCUGAAAAGUUAUAUAGCGAAACGGAGAACCGUGCACAUUAUCUCGUUUCAUUCCUGUUGGAUAUCGAGAUGGAGAAAAUCGAAGAAGGUCUUGAUGGUGGUCUUAUACAUGUGACCAGGGCUAAACAGUUCUGCAAGGAACUUGAGGAGAUCGAUCCGGUACGAACGAAUUUUUGGAGAUAUCAACAGGCUUUGGCUGAGAACAAACACGAAAAGCAAAUUCUUCACGCCCAACAACAUCCA